AUGGCUCAGCCCGCACCCCUGAACCAAAACCUCCCAGAUCUUGGGGGCCCAUUCCUGUACCGGGACCAGGACGAUGGGGAGAAGAGCUCAUACUCUGUGGAAACCCCCUAUGGCUUCCUCCUGGACCUGGAUUUCCUGAAAUAUGUCGAUGACAUUGAAAGUGGCCAAACACUCAAGAAAGUGCCUCGCAGGGCAAAGCCCGAGGUGGCGGGGGCGCUGGUGGAGGCAGCAGUGGUGACACAGAGCCGGGCAGCCGGUGACCCCCCGGAGAUGGUGGAGGCAGGUGUGGAGUGCUGCCCACCAACCAGCUGCGUGGGGGUGGGCUGCCGCCCUGACGGGAGGGACGUGGCCGUCGGCCCUGAUUCGGCCACCAGGUGUGAAGACAAGGGCAGCCAGACCGAGGUGGGCAGUGCUGUCCCAGCAGGCCAGGAGACAGAACCCGGCACGGACGAUGCCCCAAGGAGCUGCUCAGUGCAGGGCACGAGAGCCAUGGUAGGAACAUGCCAGGGCAGCCCAGUCCCUGGGGCAGCCACGCCGGGCACCACGAACAGCAGCCAGGACCUGUCCCCAGCACAGGAUGGCAGAGCUGCCCCGAGCCCCGUGGCCGGAGCCCUGAAGUCCAUCAUGAAGAAGCGGGAUGGCGUCCCCCGGAGUGAGGUUGAGGGCAGCAAGAAGAGCUUGCAGUUCGUGGGCGUGUUGAACGGGGAGUACGAGAGCACAUCCAGUGAGGAGGAGGAGGAAGGAGACAGCUCCUCUGAGAAGGCUUCACCUGACAGCUCUGACAGCGAAGAGCAGGGGGACAGUGACACCUCGGAUGAGGAGGCUGGGGAAGGCAAGAAUGAGCCAGGACAUGAGCCCGAGGGGGCUGUUGUUACCCCACUGGAGCCCCCUGAGGUGAAGGAGAAGUUUGAGCUGAGCCCCAGGAUGCGGGAGGCCUGUCUGAUCGUCAAGACCCAUCUGGGCCACCCUAGUGCCACCAAGAGCAAAGAGGUGCUUGCCAGCAGCAGCCUGGUCCUGCAGGAGUGGUUCCGUCUGUCCAGCCAGAAGUCGUCUGUCCCCGACACCGUUGCCAACCACCUCCUGGCCUUUGCUGAGGUCUCACCAGCUCUCCUGGCCCACGUGGUGAACCUGGCUGACGGGAACGGCAACACAGCCCUGCACUACAGUGUCUCCCACUCCAACUUCCACAUUGUGCAGCUGCUGCUGGACACAGGGGUCUGUAACGUGGACCACCAGAACAAAGCUGGCUACACAGCUCUCAUGCUGGCAGCACUGGCAGCCGUUGAGCAGGAAGAUGACAUGAAUGUGGUCAGGAGGCUCUUCAGCAUGGGCAACGUCAACGCCAAAGCCAGCCAGGCUGGGCAGACAGCACUGAUGCUGGCUGUCAGCCACGGCCGGCAGGAGAUGGUGGCAGCUCUGCUGGCCUGCGGGGCCGAUGUCAACCUGCAGGACGAGGAGGGCUCCACUGCCCUCAUGUGCGCGUGCGAGCACGGCCGCGCCGAGACCGUGAAGCUGCUGCUGGCUCAGCCCGCCUGUGACGUCUCCAUCGUGGACAGUGAUGGCAACAACGCUGUCGCCAUUGCGCUGGAGGCUGGACACAGCAACAUCGCCGUGCUCCUCUACGCCCACCUCAACGGCACGAAGGCACAGCUGCCCCAGGGGACAUCACCAUCAACAAAGAGCCCUGGGAGCCCAAAGAAACCAAAUUAG